GGCGCGGCAGCGGGCCUUGAGAUUUGGAUAGGAAUUCUCACUUUGUGAGUGAUACAAAAGAAGACUUAAGAACUGCUUUGGGCAUGGCUGCUGAGCUGAACUUCUCUCCUCCUGAGGUCCCAGAGCCUACUUUCCUAGAGAACCUUCUUCGUUAUGGACUAUUUUUGGGAGCUAUCUUCCAGCUUAUCUGUGUAUUGGCCAUAAUAUUUCCAGUUUCAAAGUCUCAUGAUGGGGAAGGGGGACAUUUUGAACCAAGAAAGUUUGAGGUGACCAAGAAGCCAAAGGGACCUGCUCCUUCUCAAAGCAAAAAGUCCAAGAAAGAAACCAAGAAGAAGAGAUAGGUAGAAUCUGCCAAACAUGACACGUGUAUGUCUGCUCUACUUCUUUCUUCAGAAUCAAGUAUUCAUAAAGACAAACGAUUGCAGGAAAAUCAAAUCUUCAUAAAAACAUUUGUCUGGCAUCAUCUUCCUUACAGAAUCUGAGAUGGAAGAGACUUCGGGGUCAUAUAAUCUAUUCUCUAUCCGAAUAGGAAUUCUUUGAACAGCCUCCCUGAUGAAUGAACCAGCCACACCUCUGCUUGAAGACCUCCAGGGAUGGGAAGUCCUACCUCUUGAGGCAAUCCAUUCCACUUUGGGAUAGCUCACUAACUGUAGGAAGGUUUUCCUAACAUUGAGCCAAAAUCCACCUCUCUGAAACUUUCGACCUAGUCCUUCAGUGACUAGGAAAUUGAGGUGACUUUAUUGGAACAUGGGUGCCUUUUAAUCACAGAGGGCCAUAUAAGCAUGAGCAUUUUAUAGGCCAUAGGUGGCCAAGUUACUUUCCCAAAAGCCCUCUCUUCAAAUCUUGUUCAGUCAUGGCUUCUGAAGCACAACCUUCAGGAAGGAAAAUGUGAAUUAUGGCACUACAGUGACAUUUGACUUUAGGAAAAAAUGACAGCAGAAUAAUGAGCACAUUAUACAAGCAAAGGCCAUCUAUAUUGGGGUACUUGGUUUAAACAAUCAUGUUAAGAUAACUGAGUUGUUUCUUACUAUUUAAUCAUUUAAACUAAUUUUUAUUAUAACAUGUAUGUACACUACCACUUCAGGAUCUGGGCAAGGUUUCCCUCCUAAUAAGCUUUUGUCUUACUUUUAAAAAGUGUUAGGGCCUUUCUUUGUAAGAAUGAUGUCAACCACAAUAUUAGUAAUUAGAGAAAUUUAGGAAGUUGAGUCUGAGAGGUUGCCUGAAGGACAGGCAGCUUUAUCCCAUGGUGAAAAUGGUUUUCAAAUUCUGUACCAAAAAUAUUAAUCAUCUUUCUCCUUUUCCUAAUAAAGCAUUUUUAAGUAUUUCCUCUUAUUUUCCCUCAGGAGUAGAAAGGAUUUCACUAAGUGAAUAUAUUUUCCAUGUAGAAAUUGGCCUUGGUCUCAACUUCUAUAACGUUUUAGAGUGUACAUUUUGUUUCCCCGCUGCUACUUCCCUGACUCCCAAAUCUUUUAGCCCUAGCUUAAGGAGAAAAGACUGGGGAAUGGGCAUGAGAGAAGAUUAAUAAACUACAGUGCAUGAUCAACCUC